AUGCUUUUUCCUUUCUUUCUUCUAUCCUUUAUCCUUUCUUUCUUCUGUCCUUUCUGUGCUUUUUCCUUUCUUUCUUCUGUCCUUUCUGUGCUUUUUCCUUUCUUUCUUCUGUCCUUUGAGUGCUUUUUCCUUUCUUUCUUCUGUCCUUUCUGUGCAAUUUCCUUUCUUCUAUCCUUUCUAUGCUUUUUCCUUUCUUUCUUCUAUGCUUUAUCCUUUCUUUCUUCUGUCCUUUCUGUGCUUUUUCUUUCCUUUCUUCUAUCCUUUCUAUGCUUUUUCUUUCCUUUCUUCUAUCCUUUCUAUGCUUUUUCUUUCCUUUCUUCUAUCCCUUUCUAUGCUUUUUCUUUCCUUUCUUCUAUCCCUUUCUAUGCUUUUUCUUUCCUUUCUUCUAUCCCUUUCUAUGCUUUUUCUUUCCUUUCUUCUAUCCCUUUCUAUGCUUUUUCUUUCCUUUCUUCUAUCCCUUUCUAUGCUUUUUCUUUCCUUUCUUCUAUCCCUUUCUAUGCUUUUUCUUUCCUUUCUUCUAUCCUUCCUAUGCCUUUUCCUUUCUUCAACACUUUUUAUGCUUUUUCUUUCUUUCUCCUAUCGGCUAAGUUUAUUCCUAAAGCACAUGGUGGUGGUGGUGUGGAAAAGGAGGGCAAACUGUGA